CUUGGCUGGAACUCGAAGAGUUCCUGCUGGCCCUUCCUGCUGGCCGUCCCUGCUGCUGGCUGAGGGCGGAAGCAUCCAGUUGUGGCCCUAGCAGCCCAGGCAGGAACGACAUGGAGGCCCCGUGGGGAUGGCUGCUGACCUGCCUGCUGGCCAUGUCCCUGGCCUCCACAGUGACUCAGGAUGUGUGCCAAGCCCCCAACGGGAAGGACGGGGCUGCAGGGAAGCCUGGCCGCCCAGGCCGGCCAGGCCCCAAGGGGGAACGAGGAGAGCCGGGGAUCCCUGGCAUCCGGACAGGCAUCAGAGGCCCUAAAGGAGAUGAGGGGGAGCCUGGGCCCUCUGGAAAACCCGGCAAUGUGGGCUUCGCUGGGCCCAGCGGGCCCCCAGGGGACCUGGGUCCCCCAGGGUUAAAGGGGAUCAAGGGCAACCCAGGGAACAUCAGGGAUCAGCCGUGGCCUGCCUUCUCCGCUGUGCUGCGGAACCCUCCACGGGGCGGCACCAUCGUCAUCUUCGACACGGUCAUCACCAACCAGGAAGGCCCGUACCAGAACCAGUCGGGGCGCUUCGUCUGCGCCUUGCCGGGCUUUUACUACUUCACCUUCCAGGUGGUCUCCCAGUGGGACGUCUGCCUGUCCAUCACGCACGCCCCCCGGGGCCAGCCGGCUGGACAGCGCCGCCUGGUGGGCUUCUGCGACAGCAACAGCAAGGGGCUCUUCCAGGUGGUGUCCGGGGGCACCGCGCUCCAGCUGCAGCAUGGAGACCAGGUCUGGGUCGAGAGAGACGCCUCCAAGGGCCGCAUUUACCAGGGCCCCGAGGCCGACAGCAUCUUCAGCGGCUUCCUCAUCUUCCCCUCGGCCUGAGCCGGGGAGCCCCCACCUCAGGCCUUCUCCACUUCCGCUGUGCGCCCCGCCCCCCCCCCCCCCCAGCCACCCUCCUCUCAGGCUCUGUGCUCUGCUCUGUAAAGAGGGUGCUGAGGCUUCGGCCUCCCAAG